UAGAGAUAGGCGUGCUGACAGCCAGACCUACUCUUGUCCUCUCUCUCGCGUUCACACUUCUCCCAUUGCGAUACGGCAUAACGCUACGGCAUAAGGCUACGUCACUGCAAUAAUGUCGGAACCCGAUCUCCACCGUGCCAUAUCCAUGAAACCACAUCCGUUCCACACUCAUCCAGACCGCAUAGAACGUACAUCUAGCCCACACAUUCAUCUUACUCCGGUCGGCAGCUCCUCGCACGGCGACGGUGCAACCCGAGGCAAGACAGGCGCCAGCAGCACAGCAAUUGACCGUUCGCCAUCCACGUCCACCGACCAUCAUGCCCGCCAUGUCCCCGCCUCAUCAGCCGGUGCCGCCGACGUAGAAUCGCAGUCGCCGCCCGCCUACACGCCGGACACAGAUCCGUACAGGCUGGCGGCCGCCAUCAAGCCCGAAUCCGAGCUCGCCCUGAUCCGCGCCAACACGUCUCGCAAGCGCGAUGGCUGCGGCCCCAUCAGCCUGAACGCGAAAUCGCGCUCCGCGAAGAAACUCGAGGAAUUCUACUCUGCCCAAAACGAAAACAUCGAGCGCCUCCUCAAACCCGUCGACGACCACCGGCGCGCUGCCAAAGAAGAAGGCGAUGCAAACCACCUCAAGUACAAAAUCGCAGUCAUCGGCUCUUUCGCCGCAAACAUCAUCCUCGCCGUCCUCCAGCUCUACGCAGCAAUCUCCUCGCAAUCCCUCUCCCUCUUCACCACAAUGGCAGACUCCCUCUUCGACCCCUUGUCCAACCUCACCCUAAUCCUCUGCAACCGCGCCGUGGCUCGCGUCGACGCGCGGAAGUUUCCCUCUGGAAAAGCCCGCAUCGAAACGGCUGGCAACCUCUGUUUCUGCGCCUUGAUGAUCACCGUCUCCGUCGUCAUCAUCGUCGAAUCCAUUCGCACCGUCGCCGAGCAUUCAGGACCUGAAACCAACGAUUUUUACCUCCCCUCUGUCAUCGCCGUCGCCAUUGCCUUUGCUACGAAAUUCAGUCUUUUCCUGUACUGCUGGGCGCUGCGCAACAAGUACAGUCAAGUCCGUAUCUUGUGGGAGGACCACCGCAACGAUCUCUUCAUCAAUGGCUUCGGUGUGCUCACCAGCGUUGGUGGUUCCAAACUCAAAUGGUGGAUCGAUCCCAUGGGCGCCAUGAUUCUCUCCGUCUUGAUUAUUUUCCUCUGGAGUAGGACCGCGUAUUCCGAGUUCCAGCUCCUCAUUGGGGUGACGGCAGAUACGAGCAUGUUGCAGCAUAUUACGUAUAUUUCCAUGACACACUCCCCCAACAUCCUCCAAAUCGACACUGUCCGCGCCUACCACUCCGGCCCCCGCCUCAUCGUCGAAGUAGACAUCGUCAUGAACCCCGACGACACCCUCCGCGCUACCCACGAUGUCGCCGAGGAACUCCAGAUUAAGCUUGAGAGCCUGCCCGAUGUGGAGCGGGCAUAUGUCCAUGUCGAUUAUGAGACUGAUCAUCGGCCCGAGCACUUUUUGAAGAAGGAGUUGUAAGACCUUGUUGGGUCUGGAGGGAGGGAAAGGGGGGGGGGUUGGAGGAAAUUAUGAAGUAAAUGAAUGAAUGAACAUGUGUAACUUUGUGUUUUCUGGAGCCAACUUGGGUUCAUCUUUACCCUUUUUGCGACUCCCCCAUGUUUGCAAUACUGCACUCACUUGUUUCUCCUCCUCCUCCUUCUUUGCCAUGGCAUUUUUGAAAAGAAAAAAAAGAAUCAAAAAAAUUCCAAGUCAUGGAAGACUAGAAUGAAAAAUUAAUGAAGAAAAGAAAAACCAUAUCUUACUAAACCGCAAUCAUAAUUUGCACUGCAUUAUUCUCAUAUAAAUAUACAAGUCACAGAAAUACAAUUGACAAAAGAAUACAAAAUAUACAUCACAG